AUGGAUUCUGAGUCGGUUGCAGCGCAAAAGUCCCCGCCAGAUAGCCCUCGCGAGCUGCGGCAGAUCUUCUUUAAGGCGGGCGUGCCCAUGACGCCCAAGGAGUAUCUGUGGCCUGACCCUAUGGCUUCCGCGGCAGAAACACCUGGGAAACCACCUGAAGGACCACCUGAGGCGCCACGUGUGGCACCUCACGGCGAUUCGUCCAACCGCCCCGCGUCGGAAUCGUCUGCUAAAAUCAAGGACCCGUGGAGAUCGUCAGAGCAUCAUCCUGCCGUCGAUUCGGCGGAAUCGUCUGCUAAAAUUAAGGACUCUAUAGCGGCUCCGGAAUCUGUUGCAAGUGCUGCUGGUGGUAAGGCCACGGACCCGACUGGUGACAGCCCCGAUGCAAGAACACAGGAAGACAAGAGGUCCGAGGGGGAGGGAGGGGUUCUCUCGUCUAAAGCCCCCACUUCUAGCAAACGGAGGUAUGGCAGUGGAUUGAUGCUUCCCCGGUCCUUGUUCAGGAGGAGAGGGCGGGAUAGUCAGUCGGGGAAGGAACGUGAGUUUGAGAUCGAGUCGGGGAAAACUGUAGAGGAGCCUCAAACGGGGCGCGAGGUUGCGUCGCGGGAGGGGAGGGGGGUUGUUGGAGGGGCGACGGGUGAGGAAAUCCGUGCCAUUGAUGUCGGCAAGCCGCUGACGGCCGUCGAUCUUGGACUAGAGAAGAGAGGCGGAAGGGCGGCAGCGGGAGAGAAGAGGGCGGAGGGGGAGAGGAUUAGCGCGGGAGAGAGGGGAGGGAAGGCGGAAGUGGAGGUGCAACCGCCUAGUGAAGUUGUGAGGAAGGAGGAGCGGGGCUUAUCUGCUGAGAGUGAGGGGAGUGAGGAGAGUGAAGAGAGAGAGGAGGGAGAGGAGGGGGAGAAGAGUGAGGCAAUCGCUACUAAGGGCAAAAUCGUGGGAAGGGAGGGAGUCAAGGAAGGCGGAGGAAGUGGGGAAUCAGGGAGGGAAGCAGGGGAAGGGCGGGGAGUGGUGCGAGGGCAGGAGGGGAGGGCUGGGAUGGCUGGUAAGGCGGAGAGGGCGGAGAAGGCGGAAGGUUCGGCGGGAGUCAUGACGCUGAGGCGCAUGAAGGAUGCGCUGAGGAGCGUGCUGUGGCCCCAGCGGGAGCAGCUGACACGUAUUCGUGCACCAGGCCCUCCAGUGGACGCCCCUCCCUCUCCUCUCAGCCGUGUGCCUCCCAAGCGCACUGCCAGCCUCCCUAGCGACACUCUGCUGCUGCACCACGAGGCGGCAUGGGGAUCAACAACAGGUUCUAAGAAGGGGUACAGAUCCCCCUUCCCCUCCUCCUUCUUCCCCUCUCUACAUUCCUGGGUGUACGACAGGGUGUACGAGCCUGCUUAUAACGGGUUCACGUGCAAGAGUAUCCGUUCGUAUUACAACUGCCAGCGCAACGGGAGGAAGGACACUGGGUACCUGAAAUACGUGUGGAGGAGCCCUGGCUGCGAUAUAAGAAGAUUCAACCCCGUUAGAACGCUCUCCAUUUUGCGCAAUAAGGUGUUCAUGUUUGUUGGCGACUCGUUCGUUAACAACCUCGAGAUCUCCAUGCGCUGCCUGCUAGAGACUAAAGCGGUUACUAAGUCGACUCAAAACAAGAUAGACUUGGACGUGAAGGCUCUUGCAUCUUAUCGUCCUUCACAACUUGGAACGCGAGUUUGCUCUCCCGGAGCUUCUCAUCCCUCUCACAUCCCCCCUACCCCCAUAUCCACCCAUCACGUCCCCUCUUCCCCUGCCAUCACCAUCAUCUUCCGCCAGGACUUCAGGGGCAAGUUUGGACGCACGGGGAUUCGAACUCGCGGCUUUAUCAUCCCCCAGUACAACAUCUCUUUCCUCCGCAUGCCCUCCAACUUCCUUGUCCGGUCCAGCCCUGUGUCAAGCUCCCUCCCUCCUUCCCUCUCACGUCCCUUCCCCCCGUUUCUUCCCCCCCUCUCCCCCAGGGCGUGGGCGUCCAGUGCAGGCGCGUGGAGGGUGCACUUGGACAGGCCUGAUCCGAGCUGGUUCAAGCUGCUGCCCCACACCCACUACGUUAUCUUCAGCGCUGGUCACUGGUUUAUCAACGCGCCUUCAAAUCUCCGACUCUACUACCGCAAAAACCAGCAACUCCCCCCGUUCCCACGCCCCUACGCUCCCCUCUACGACGCACACUUAACCAUCCGAAAGUUCUUAGUUAACAGCCGGUACUCAGGGCUCCCCAUGGUGAUGACCUUCUCGGCUUAUCACUAUAACAACGCGUUCUCUAGCGGGGAUGCAGCCAAGAGCUGCAUGGACAUGCGGGGGCAGGUGAUGAACGGCACGAGGAUGCUGUGGGCAGAGAGGAAUACGGAGACACUGCAAGCAAGAGACGCACAAGUGAAGGUGAAUAAAUACGGGCGAAUUAACUCGCCCGGCAAUGACAUCCGUGUAGCCAUGGCGAAGAGUGCGAGCAAGGCGGGAAGUCAUACCGCGGUCUCCGGUGCGAGCUGUGACGGGGACGACGGAGAAGAAGCGAACGCCGACGACGCCGAGGAGGAUUGGCCGGAGAACGGCCACGACGACAGCACUUCGGGCGACGAAUUAGGUCCUGCCGACAUCGAGGAGGACGAAUGGUGGAAUCGGCCGGUCGGGAGCGACGACGAGGUGGAAGAGUGGCGGGCUGGAGAUUCGGACAACGACGGAGGUGAAAAUGUGAAUGGUGACAACGCGGAGGCAGCGGCGGAUGCACAGGAAGCGGCGAUGGAUGCGAAUGAGGAGGCUAAAGACGGCGCGGCCGCAGUUGCGGAUGCGGAUGCUGUGGCAGAGUCGGACACGGUUGCUGCGGAUGCCGUCUUAUUUGACGGUGAAAGCGGCGACGACGACCCAUGUAGGCUUGGGACAGACGACGACGUUCCGCUACUGAAGCGGAGGCUGCGCCAUCGCCUACAGUCCAAGUCGAAGCGGGCCCGCGUGGUGCUCUCUGACGACGACAGUCCGGGGGAGGAGCGUCGCCCGAAACUCACCGCUGCGGAGAAGGGAAAAGCCAAGGUCGCAGAAGCCCCUGCUAAGGCCCCUGCUCGUCGCCGCACAAGCAACAAGAAGCGGAUAUCCGACGGAGACCCGGGAUCUAGCAAGGGUGCGGCUAAGAAGAAGGCGCCGAAUCCUGACGACAUCGUCGUGAACGAGACUCUGGGCAGCGACGAUGAGUACGCGGCAGCUGCGGGCCCGAUUCCCACGUUCCCUGAGAAGGUCACGCCGAAGGACCCCACCCUCCAUAAUCCCAACACCCGCCCACCUUCCCCUCGCAGCAAGGACACUACGAGAAAGCGCCGCAGCUGGACCGUGCGUGAGAAGGUUAAGUGGGCGCGCCGCUAUCUGGAGCUCGGCUCCUUGAAGAAGACGAGUGUGGAGUCAACCGCGUCCAUCGCCUGCAUCAGACGCUGGACGCGCUAA